AUGAGGCUCCCCCAAACAUUCCCACUUACUCUUCUCUUCCUCAGUUGCCUGGAAUGUAACCCUUCCAGGAAGGGCAAGGAUAAUGGUGAAAAGGGAAAACUUUCUUUCCCUUGGGCUCAGUCUGGACAGUUUUCCACCCGUGACAAGCAUCUGUGCAGUUGGCAACUCAUCUCUGGAGAAGGAGAGACUGAGCUCCAGAUCAGCUGUCAUCCAGCAGAAGGAGAGGCACAGUGGUGUGUCUACCGGGGCCAGCCAGAGUUAUGUGCUGCCUACAGUGCCAAAGGCCGUCAGUUCUGGAAGCAGAUCCUGGGCAAGCUCCGCCGGAAGCGCCAUCCCUGUCAGGACACCAGCCCUCUCAAAUCCCGGCUUUGUAGCAGCAAGAAGGAGGCAUCUGAAGCCCAGCUACACCUGGUACAUACCACGCCAACCACAGACAUCCUGGUGGCCACUGCAAGUGUCAGUCAAGGAAGAGCCAAGGGGAAAGGCCAUGCCAAAAACCUGUCAGCAUCACAGAGAUCAUCACAGGUAUCCCGAGAUAUGAUCAUCACCAACCCAGCAAAGAAUGGUGCCUUGAGGAAGCAGAAGAAAGGGGGGAAGAGGAAAGGAAACCCUAACUCUACAGCAGCCCCAACCCAUCCCCCCCAUAGGCAGCCUACAGCAGUUGUGGAAGGCACAUUACAGCCCACAGAGCUCAAUGCAGAUGUGGUAGACACCUAUUGUGAAGAGAAAUGGCAUUCCUUGUGUAACUUUUUUGUGAAUUUCUGGAAUGGCUGA